AUGCUGUUACCGAUAAUCAGUCUCAUCCCCUCGCAAGCCAUCUUAGAGAUCACUGCUCCAGCGUCCAGCCAGGAGCGUCAAACCUUCUCGUCAAAUGACCGCUUUAUUUGUUCAGCUGCGUGUCGACGUAGGGUUUUGUUAGUGACUCUUCCUUCUCCAUGGCAUGAUUACCGAGGAACCUGCGAUAUCCUUGCUGACCUUCACUGCCACUCCAAGAUAUACACAAAGAAUUUCGCGUGGAGCCAGCAAAUGGAACAUCGACAAGGUGCGGGAGCAUACAAGACACAGUAUCCAAGCAACCGCAUAGAAAUUGGCGAGCACGAGUAA